AUGAAUCUCUUCGAAUGGGCCUUAGGUAAAAGCCUUACUCCCCAGGAGCGCCUCAAAAAGAACCAAAGGGCACUUGAAAGAACCCAGCGUGAAUUAGAACGUGAAAGAAGGAAGUUGGAAGCCCAGGAGAAAAAACUCGUUGCGGAAAUUAAGAAAUCUGCAAAGAAUGGUCAAAUCAGUGCAGCCAAAAUUCAAGCGAAGGACCUGGUAAGAACAAAGAAGUACAUUGAGAAGUUUAACAACAUGAAAACACAACUGCAAGCCAUAUCUCUGAGAAUCCAGGCAGUAAGGAGUAGCGACCAAAUGACUCAAUCUAUGAGAGAAGCGACAGGGCUUUUGGCAACUAUGAAUAGAUCGAUGAAUCUUCCCCAAUUGCAGCGGAUAUCGGCUGAAUUUGAAAGGCAGAGUGACUUAAUGGAUCAGAGGCAAGAGUUUAUGGAUGAUGCCGUCGAUGAAGUGAUGGGAGGUGAGUUGGAAGAUGAUGAUGAAGCGGAAGAGAUAGUGACUAAAGUUUUAGACGAAAUUGGAGUUGAUCUUCACGUAAAGUUACAAAGCGCCCCACAAGACCUACUUGAAUCACCGACAACUGAGUCGACCGAAAGAGUACCUGAGUCUAUCGGUGCAAGUGGUGGUACUCAGCCAAGUUUAGAUGAUGAACUUCAGGCUCGGUUGAAUAGCUUGAAGAGAUGA